AGGCAGCUGUACUUUUCACUUUCAAAGUUACUCAAUCAUGAAGCACUCAACCCAACAGAAGUUUGUAAAUUCCCUUUUUUGUUCACUUUGCCUGCAGGAGUCGUUCAGUAUGGCCACACACUUAAAUUUCUGCUUACAGAUUAUUAUCAUGUUUUUGUGUUGCACAGUGUGCAGUACUGACAUUUCCUGUAAGAAUGAAGCCGGUGAGCCUGUUGAUUGGUUUAUCAUCUACAAACUGCCCAGGUAUAAGAUUGGCGAGGUCGGCAGCGGGGUGGACUACAUGUACCUGGACUCCUCGGUAGGGAGCUGGCAGCUGAGUAAAUUCAUGGUUAACACCAGUCAAGGAGCCGUAGGGAACACAUUGAACCAGCUUUACAACGGAAAGGCCUACAAGUCUAACAGUUCAGUGUAUGCACUCUACAAUGAUGGACCACCGAUCUUGGAAUACAUUCAAGGAUACGGACACACUAAAGGGGUGCUGCUCUUUGACCGCUCUCAAGGUUUCUGGCUUUCGCACAGUAUUCCCCAUUUCCCGUCAUUCCCUGAGAGAGGCUACCUCUACCCCUCCUCCGGAAAAGUCAAUGGCCAGACUGCUCUCUGCGUGACCUACCACUAUGACCAAUUCCUCCGUAUAGCAAAGCAGAUGGCGUACCUUUACCCACGCUUCUAUAACUGCUCUGUACCUGCUGCAUUCAUGGCCGACCUGCCACAGUUGGCCAUGUUAUGCAAGGGGUCCAAACCACCUCUAGCCUCAGAUAAGAGAGUGGACCAGCUUUUCUCCCUGCAAGGGGACAAGUUUGUCAGUUUCGUCAAAUCUGAAUGCUUUGUGGAUGACAUCUACACAGGCUGGGUGGCUCAGGCUCUGGAUGCCGAUCUGCUGGUGGAGUCCUGGCAGAGACAAGGUCACGAGCUUCCCUCCAACUGCUCCUUGCCCAAACACGCUAUGAACAUCAAGAGGAUUCGGCUCCCCGGAUCAGUCCCGUUCCAGUCUCACUACGACCACUCAAAGUGGUGUGUUUCGCAGGCCUACGACGACCAGGUGACCUGCCUGGGGGAUCUGAACAGAGAGAGGGCCCAACUGUGGCGUGGUGGGGGGCUGGUCUGCACCUUCAACCCCAUCAUUUACAAGGCCUUCAGACAGGUUGUGGACUGGUACAUUGGCUGUUGAACGAGAAAGAUAAGAUGAUUGGGACUUUGAGGAUGAACAACAGGUCUUUGAUAAUCUGCUGAAAAAGUUACAAGUUACAGGCUAUAAUGUGACUAUAUGUUAAAUUAAGUGUUCCUGUAUUCCCAUCACUGUCUCACGUGUAUAUAAAAAAAUAUAAUUCAUUUGCAUCAAAUAACUUGCCUGUGUUUAAGUAAGAAUCUUUAUUUCUUUACUUUUUAUGUUUUAUGAGGAAUUUAAAGUAAAUCUAGAUUAAAUACCGCUAAUUCUGAAUAUGGUCAAAUUGUGUGUGUGUGUGUGUGUGUCAGCAUAAGUGUGAGUGGGCCGUUUCUGUAUAAAAAAGCAGUUGCUUAACUUUCCUGAAUGAUUGAAAGUCAAUAUGUGUAUCUAUUGAAUUUUUAUAUUUUAUGAGAGUGGAGACUGUGAAAUGCAUUUGCCAUCAUUAUGUCUGUAGUUACCUUGUCAGGAAGAUGCA